AUGGCUCAAACUUGUGUUGGAAUACGAGAUGAGUCACAUUACAAUGUCCUCAAUUCAACCGUGCAUCUUCCAAAAGUGGUAGUCGAGAAGACAGUCCCAAGGAUUUGUUGGCAUAGGAAAUUUCACGCCGUGAGGAAGUACGGCCUGCAUGGCGAUAAUCGACUACGUUACGGCCACAUUCCGUUCCUCCACAAAUAUGACCGGGUUUUCUUUUUUGAUCUUCUCAUCGAUGAAUACAACCUCCGAAUGAACAUGCAGGAGCAGGAAAGAAUCGAACGAAAAAUGAAUAGUCUCUGCCCGCCACUAGGAUCUGAUGAUCCUGAUAACGAGGAGUGGCUAUGGGAUGUUGAUGAAGCCGGAAUUGAUUAUAGUGACCUAUCGCCGUUGCUUCUCGAUUCACCGGGUUCAUGUCAUGAGGAGAGGCCGAAGUCUGCGCAGGUUUCGGUGUCUCAGAAGACACUCCAUCCACGAGUCACAAAGUCCCACGAAAAAGGUAUCAAGAUCUUGCAGCACAAACUUGACGAUACCAAAUAUCAGCACAGCCAACUGUCCCGCAAACUAUACGAAACAGAGACCAUGUUUCCUGACCUCGUCAAGCAGAACUACGAAGCCAUCCGAAAAGACCCAAAAUGGUACAUGCGAAAGGAAUUGGUGAAGGAUUGUGCCGAUCGAGGUGGAUGUUGCGGCCGCGAUUGCGGCUGUUGUGCGUCGCGUGCCAAACAUUACUAUAUAAAGGGCAUUGGCCAUUGCACGGUCGAGUGCUUUUGUUGCGUUGGCUUUCGAGGCUUCAGACCAUCUCCAGAGGAAAAGAAGGAUAUCCUUAAGGGGAUGAUAAUGAUCCUCAAAUGCGAUAUUGCGACGCAUUUUGUGAGAAUGGUGAAUGCGUAUUUCUCGAAGUCUUGA